AUCCAGAUUAUUACUAAUGAACAGGAAGCAUCUCAUACAAAAGAUAUUUCACCACAUAUCAAGAACCAUUCUUAUGAGGAGAAAGCUGUUGGCAUUCAGGAUAAUGUUAUUUCAGAUGAGUUGGAGACUCAAAGCUUUGCUUCCUCAAAUUAUGUGACUGAAUUUUCAGCGACGGCCUGUCGUCAAAAUUCUGAUACAAUCUUAUUACUCGAUUUAGCUCAAUUAUUUGAUAAAGCAACAAAUGCUGAAUAUUAUGCUACAAAAGCUAACCAGGAAGAAACCUUAUGCUGGAUUAAUUAUGGAAAAGAAUUCGUAAUUCAAUAUAAUGACCUUAUAAAAAACAGUAAUGGCAAAAUUGGCGAGAAAAAGGCAAAAGAAAAUAACAUGAGUGGAAUUUCGACAACGGCCUGUCGCCAAAAUCAUGUAGCCAAAAUUUUGCAUGAGGUAAGUACACCCGCCAAACCUCAAACCUCUAACUCUUUUGUGAAAACUAAGAUCUUACCAGAAGUCAAAAUGAGUGAAGAAAGUAUAUCUACACCUCAACUCAAGAAGACUUUAACUGAAAAGCAAAAUAAUCUGACUCAUGACCAU